GUCGAUAAUAGAAAUAUGUGACUUGUUUCUUCAAAGUGCUUUCCUGUAGAGGAGAUAUCAUGACAGAUUCCAUCGAAAGAUUAAUCGGCAUAUAAAUGAGUAUCUGGGAGAUUGACCAAGAGACAUAAAUCUGUGUAGCCAAUGGAGUCAAAGAAGAACAAAAGCACAAAGAAAGAAAUCAACAGAGGAGCAUGGACUGCAGAAGAAGAUGAAAAGCUAGCUGAAGCAAUCGAGAUACAUGGUCCAAAGAAAUGGACAGUUAUUGCAGCUAAAGCAGGUUUACAAAGAUGUGGCAAGAGUUGUAGGCUAAGAUGGUUAAACUAUUUGAGACCAAACAUCAAGAGAGGAAACAUAUCAGACCAAGAGGAGGACUUGAUUAUCAGGCUUCAUAAACUUUUAGGGAACAGGUGGUCACUGAUUGCGGGAAGACUACCAGGUCGAACUGAUAAUGAGAUCAAGAACUAUUGGAAUUCUCAUUUAAGCAAAAAGAAGGAAAUAAUGGAAAAAGAAACUGGUUAUUGUUCAACAAGAGACUGCUCUGAGAGAAGGAGGGUGGUAGAGAUGGAGGAUCAUGUGAAAGACAUUGGAGUUGAAUGUUCAAAGGUGAACUUUAAUGUUGAUGAGUUUUUUGAUUUCUCAAAUGAGGAUCCAUCAACUUUGGAUUGGGUUAACACGUAUCUUGCUGGAACGAGUAGCAUAUUUAUGUAGGGAACUUUUAAUUGUUACUUGGUAAAAUUCAGCAAAUAUUCUCAUGCUAGGCUACCUCUAAUAAAAAGUACUGUACUAAAGUUAAAUAAUUUCAUGCAUAUUUAAUAUUUCUGAGUUUCUUCGGAUGCUUCCAUCUGUAAAAUUGUAAAUCACUCGGAUCUAUUGCAAAUGGUUCUGUCCUUUUAGUCAUUA